ACAUCUUUACUUAGAGUUACGCAAAAUAUCCUGUGAUAUAAACUCAAUAUUUGGAACCCAAACGACUAUCAAAAUGGCAUGCUAUUUUAUUUGGAUAGUAAUUGACUUACACGAACUUUUCAAUACAAUACUUAUCAACAAUUAUGUAAAAUCUAAAAUAAUGGCUAUCACCUUGUGCUUGAUCUACGUAUUACAUCACAUUUUCAAAUUCCUGCUUAUUAAUUAUAUGUGCGAAACAGUCAGUACUAAGGCAAACGCAAUAGCAGAUUUAUUAAAUAAAUUAUCAUAUGUCACUUGUGAUGUUGAAAUUCGUGAAAUUAUUUCACUAUUUUCAUUGCGAACAGUUUAUGCGCCCGUUAGAUUCUGUGGAAUCGGAUUUUUUCAAUUUGGUUUCAAAUUUCUUUAUAAGUUUACCACAUCGAUUGCGACAGUUUUAAUUAUAAUAAUACAAUAUUAUGUCUAA